ACACACAGGCACACAGGCGCACACACACACACACAGGCACACACACACACAGGCACACACCCCUUUAAACACGUCACUCGGCUGGCUGAGUGAGCGAGUCUCUGGCGGUGUGGUGUGUGUGAGUGUGCGGUCGGUCGGUCGGUCGGUCGGUCUGUGGUUGUGUUUCAGGUCUGGUCGCGUCGAGAGCGACACACUUCGGACGCGCUUCGUCGCCGAGCGAUGGGAAUUCAGACGCGAUGGCUGUGAGACAAGUUGCCCCAGCGCUGCUCGCCCUGCUCGGGCUGGUGGCCGUCGGCGAUGCUCUGCGUUGUAACUGCACAAACUGUGAGAAGACCGGCUAUGAGUGCGAGACAGACGGCGCCUGCAUGGCCUCCACAUACUACAUCCAGGGGAAGGAGCAACAUGUUCGCAUCUGUAUCAACCGGGACAACCUGGUCCCCCCCGGACAGCCCUUCUACUGUCUGAGUGCUGAAGGACUGCUCAACACACACUGCUGCUACGUCGAUUACUGCAACAGCAUUGACCUGAAAGUUCCAGUCCCAACGAAGAGUGGCGACUGGGCAGGGAGUCCCUGGGGGCCCGUGGAGCUGGUGGCGGUCAUCGCAGGGCCGGUGUUCCUGUUGUGUGUGCUGCUGAUGGUCGGAGUGUUCCUGUUCCAGUAUCACCAGAGGGCCUACAGCCACAGGCAGAGGCUGGAGGUAGAGGACCCCUCCUGUGACCAUCUGUAUUUGGCCAAGGACAAGACCCUGCAGGACCUCAUCUAUGACAUGUCCACCUCCGGAUCUGGCUCUGGUUUACCCCUGUUUGUGCAGCGGACGGUGGCCAGGACCAUCGUGCUGCAGGAGAUAAUCGGAAAGGGUCGCUUUGGUGAAGUUUGGAGAGGGAAGUGGCGAGGAGGAGACGUGGCGGUGAAGAUUUUCUCGUCCAGAGAGGAGCGCUCCUGGUUCAGGGAAGCUGAGAUCUACCAGACAAUCAUGCUGCGACACGAAAACAUCCUCGGAUUCAUUGCGGCCGACAAUAAAGAUAACGGCACCUGGACUCAGCUCUGGUUGGUGUCAGACUAUCACGAACACGGCUCUCUCUUCGACUACCUUAACCGCUACUCUGUCACCAUUGAGGGCAUGAUCAAACUCGCACUGUCAGCUGCCAGCGGCCUGGCUCACCUCCACAUGGAGAUCCUCGGCACUCAGGGUAAGCCUGGCAUUGCUCACCGUGACCUCAAGUCUAAAAAUAUCCUGGUUAAGAAGAACGGCAUGUGUGCCAUAGCUGACCUCGGCCUGGCAGUCCGCCACGAGUCCAUCACAGACACAAUCGAUAUAGCACCGAACCAGCGCGUGGGCACAAAGAGGUAUAUGGCUCCAGAAGUUCUGGACGAAACCAUCAACAUGAAACACUUUGAUUCCUUCAAGUGUGCCGACAUCUACGCGCUGGGCCUGGUGUACUGGGAAAUUGCGCGUCGCUGCAACACAGGAGGUAUCCACGAGGAGUACCAGCUGCCCUACUAUGACCUCGUCCCCUCCGACCCCUCCAUAGAGGAGAUGAGGAAGGUGGUGUGUGACCAGAAACUGAGGCCCAAUGUGCCCAACUGGUGGCAGAGCUACGAGUCGCUGCGUGUGAUGGGGAAGAUCAUGAGGGAGUGCUGGUACGCCAACGGCGCGGCCCGACUGACCGCCCUGCGCAUCAAGAAGACUCUGUCUCAGCUCAGCGUGGAGGAGGACGUCAAGAUGUGAGCGGCGGGGAACGACGCACCGCCAGACCACACUCCGAUAGGAAACAAACACUAAAGACAGACUGCAAACGAAAACCCUGCCAGUUUUAAAAAGCCACACUCCAAGUUGUGACAAGGCCUACCUCACCUUUUUAGCCAAAACUACUGAGAACGCCCGUCCCCCGUCCCCUCUAACUUUUUUCUCCCCGUGAUCCUUGUGUCUCCUCCUCCCUGUUUCCCUCGACCCUCUUCUCCAUGGGCCGCCACACUUCAGCACCACCACUGUUAAUAUCAUCACACUUUUCAUUUCCCAUGGCAGGAAUUAUUACUAUUGUACAGUGAGAGGAUUUUAUUUUAUUUUUUAAUCUUUAUUGUAUUUUUUUUUUUUUUUUAACCCAUGGUGGACUGACCUUGUCCGGAAGAGUCGAGCAUGUUUGUGGGUUUUAAGUUAUAAAAAUACCGACACACAUACAAACACACCCCUAUUAUGUCGACUUAAGUGUGUGUGAGGGGGGGAAGAGGCUAAAGCACUGUUUCCAGUCGUGUGUGUGAGAGGUGUCUGGACAACUAGCAUGUUUUUUCGAAGACACCCCGAUGUCGUCUGGUUAGAGGCUGUAGUUCGUUUAGACAAAAAGCAGUUUGUCAGCCAUUCAGUAAUAUUAAGCAUGGACAGCUGGAAUGUGCUUUUUUUAAUCCCAAAUCCUACCGACGGAAAAUGAGUUGCACUCAACUGUAGCUUCCUCAUCACGUGUGAGACCUUCAGGGAUCCCGUAACGGAUGUGGUCCAGUCCCACGGUUUAGUUUGAAUUGUGGCAGGGAUAAUGUUUGGGAUGGUUGUUCUUUUCUUUUUUGUUUUAAUUUAUUUGUUGAUAUUUUUAAUUCAUAUUGAUGAACACUGUGAGUUGAGAUGUGACAAGCCAGAGUCGCGAUAAAAGAAAAAUCAAUGUUGUCGUUCAGUCCAAGUCGUCGCCGUCUUUCGGACGAUGGAUGAAAGGGGGUCGUUGCAUUCGAAUAUUCAAAUUUGGACGUAGCCACGCCCCCUUCUAGUGAAAGGCAAUGACAUCAUGCACAUACACAAAUAAGAAGCGUAUGAAAAGGCAAUGAAAAUGCUGUUGUUUAUGUUUUUUUUCCUCAUAUAUUUUGUGUUUUAUGUAAAGAUAUCAUGAUGGGUGUUUUUCUUUUGACUUUGACAUUAGACACUACUGAUGGGUACAUAUGAUUUGUAUAUAAAACAUGCAUUUGUUCCUUUUAUACCACAAGCACCAGUGUGAUACGUUUUUGCUUGAAUGGUACUUUUCAGGAGUCUGUUGUAUGUGAUCUGUCCGCAUGGCGUCCAACUGUGCCAGGAAAUAGAUUUGUCAUUUGCUGGAACUUUUUGUUUUUCCACUUGCUUCUCUCAUGGCAAUUUGGUGGUACUACUGAUCCCAGUUAAUUAUUCUGCAACUUCUGUUUUUAUUUUAGGUUGUUUUUUUUAAUGUACUAUAUAAUUGUUGGAGUUGGCUCUUUUCAGAGCCCAGUGAUGCAGAUCUGCUUCUACACACAAACCUCUGAGGGCGACAUCUCUUUCUCAUUGACACUGGAAUAUUCAAGGAGCAUCGUGUAAACCCUUGAAUGCUGAUCCUGCCGAGGGCUGUUUAUUGAAUCUUUUAUUUUCAGAGUUGAAGACAGCCGUUGACGGUUCUCACACACACACACACACACACACACACACACACACACACACACACACACACACACACACACACACACACACACACACACACACACACACACACACACACACACACACACACACACACACACACACACACGGAACUUAACGGUUAGUCGUGAGAAGUCGUUUCGAGGUUUUUACUUCGAAGACUGUCAUGCUGUAAAGUCAAGCUGCACGUUUUCAUUCUACUCUGUCGACGAGACUAUCUAAGUAUUACACUGACGCCGUGUCACCAUCGGGCUCUGCACUGUUAUGUCCACAUGGACUUUAGUUAAACUUUGGUUGUGUCACCACUUCAUCCAUAAUCUGUGUCAUGUUCGUCGUGUCCAGUUUGCAUGCUGUCUCAAACACUGGGUCCUCCGCAUUGAGGAAGAUGAAUUUAAGUCUUUCCCUCUUCCUGCUUGUUUUUUUGUUUGUUUUGUUUUUAAAUCUCCUUGUUGUUCAGGUUGGCGGCCGUGUACCCCAGAAAUGUUGCUGCUACUGUUAACAUGGGCAGAUGAUCAGCAGGCAGAGGAGAGCAGGGAGGGGGAGGCUGUUGUCGGUUGAACCAAAAUUGUCCAAAAAAAACAACACUCCUGUCCAUGUUUGGUUUGUUGCCAUGGGUAUAUGACCAUCAAGACAUCCAGUUCAUUAUGUAAUACGUCAAGAUUUCGAAAAUCAUGUUGUGAAAAUCUUUUCAGAAUUAGUUCAAAAAGUGUAUAUUGAUGAGAUACAAUAAAUUCCUCUUUUUCUUA